AAGCCGCACAAUAUUGGUCAAUUAGACUGUUUCACUGUAAAAGUAAAGCUAAUAUCGCACUGACAUUGACAAGCUUUCACGGCGUACACACAAAACUUCCAGCAGCUGUACUGAAGCUGCCCCCCCAGUUUUGCAACAUGUCUCGUGCCCUUUUAUACCUCAUUUCGACACUACUUAUUGCUGGAUUAGCUGCCGCAGCACCCGAGGUGAAUGGCGGACUCAGCAAAACCAAAUUAGUCGAUCCUGAAGUGGAGGAAGCCGUCAAUGCAGUUUCCAGCCAAAUAAAAGCCAAAGCUAAAGUCCCUAGCGGCACCACGCUCCUUACGGCCGGAUACGCAACACAAACCGUUGCCGGCAUUAACUACUUCGUCAAGAUCAUGCUGGGACCCCCCAUCGGACGCUUCAUCCACGCUAAGAUUUUUAUGGAUCUUAAGGGCAAAUACAGUCUGGUGAGCAUCAGAGAGAGUGGUGGAGGGGAUCCAAUUACGUUUUUCUAAGCGCCUAUUAGAUGUUAAUUAGCUAUCUCUGGAUGGUAAUUGGUGGCAACUGACCAAAUUACAAAAUAACAAUUAUUAUGCUGCUGA